UCGAUCCCCGGCUACUUGUAAUCUCCUCGCCCGCAACGUGUGCACCAUGAGGAUUAUAUCUUUGGUAAUCCCGGCAUGCUUCCUGCUGCUAAUAGAAGCAAAACGAGCGGAGCUCCGACCACGUAUAGCGGAACCGCAGGUAUAUUACGAAGAAGACGACAGCCAAGCAGCCGAAGACGACUAUAACCCAGCGAUCUACCAACCGCGUACUCGUGCGCUUCCUUCGCCGCGAUCGAAGGACGCUCUGCACCCGUCCAAGCCGCCGCCAGUACAGACGAUUCGUAAUUACAACAAGGUCAACGACGAUGGAUCUUUCACAUUCGGCUACGAGGCGGCGGACGGCUCGUUCAAGGAGGAAACUCGAGGUACCGAUUGCGUGGUGCGCGGCAAAUAUGGAUACAUCGAUCCUGACGGUAACAAAAGGGAAUUCACGUACGUGUCUGGUAAUCCUUGCGAUCCGAACGCGCCUAAGGACGACGAGGAUGAUCUGGCAGAAAAACAAGAAGAAGACGACUUGAACGGACCAGCUAACUAUCCUGCCGUGAGGCCAAUACCGCGUCCUCUGCCAGUGAGACCAACCUACCAACAGCCAACCACCCGAGCGCCCACGACGAUCUUCCAAACGCAGUACCAACUGGACGACGACGCUAGCCAGGAGUUGGGCGAAGAGGAUCUCGUGAAACCGUCUCAAUUGCGACAAAGCGCCUACAGGACCUCUCAACAAUCGGCCUACGUUCAAUCGACGCCGUCGUCGGCUCUCUACGAGCCAGCGCCCACCGCUAGCCCUGGUCUCUACAGACUGGCCUCUUCGACGACCCAAUACCAGAGCACAGCAUCGCCGAUUCUUCGGUCCCAACCCACGCCAGCCUAUCAAGCCCUCGAAACGACGACCCGUCGGCCAGUAACGCGUCACCCGAAGCCUCAAUCGGUCGCAAUCACACCCCGGCCCCACGUUGCGCAAGUCGCCGCCCAGUACGUGUCCCCUAGUAGCACAGAACGUCCGGCGUUAGCGUACGCACGUCCCUCGGCAGCCACGGUAUCGCCCAAUCUACGCACGACCACCUUGUCUAGCGCAUCUCACCUAGACUUCGCCGCCGAACUCGAACGAUACGUGAACACCGUCGGCGUCCCCGCAGGUCCCAGGCCCGUACAACCAUCGCCCCAACCACAGAAAGCUAAAUUAGCCGGUCAAUCGCCGAUCGCCGCCAGCGACCCCAUCUACCAGUCGGAGCUGGUGUACGAUCCCUCUACUGGUCAGUACAAUACCCAACUAUAUCAGACACUACCCCAAACCGCGGGUGACUUCACCCUAAGUCACAAACUCCAACCGUUCGUAGCCCAGCCCCAGUCCUACCUUGGACUGCAGCAGCUCCAGCAGCUUCAGCCCCAGCAGCCCCAGCAGUCCCAGCGUCAGUCUCCGCUUUAUAAGCAAUCCCAGUUGGCCCAAACCGCCCCCGCUGCUGCUGUUAGCCAACCCCAGGAAGUGUUGUACAGGAAGCAGCAGGCUCAGCUGCUCCAGCAGUCGCAGCAGCUCUACGCUCAGCAGCAACAACGCCAACAGCAACAGCAGCAACGACACCAACAACAACAACAACAGCAACAGGCGCAGUCGCACAGGCUCCAGCUCCUCGAGUCUCAGACGCAACCGCAAUCCUUCUACUACGUCGCACCCGCAAGGUCCUCCAACCCCGCCAACGCACCGCUUUCCGUUGGACAGAUCGAUCACUAUCUUCGAGCCAGUGCCGCCGGUUACUGAUCGCUAUUCCAAUCGUGAGUCUUUAAGACGUAAGAAAUUUUUAGGGACAACCCUACCAACGUUUUUAUGUUAUUCGAUGCCCAGGCC